AAGUGCUUCAGUGCUUCAUUACACAUCGGACGGUGCAGUAAGGAGAGAAGCCGAGCAGAGGAAGAAACGACAGAAGAGACGUUGUUCAAAUCCAAUGAGUGACAGUACAUCAUUUGUUCGACUCUUCGUGGGGUUCCUGCUCAGUGCGACAGGUGCACAUGCCUCCUGUCCCGUUGAGUUGAGCCCCCCCAGUGUUGUGGUGAAACAUGGAGCCUCGGUCUCAGUCAACUGCAGCACAUCGGAGAGCCUGUUUUAUAACAUAGGCUGGGAGGCUUCACAAGGAGGCAUAGAAGAACGUACGAAGAAGCCCAACCAUCUUGUCUGGACUGUGGAGCAUCUCACUGAAUGGACCAGCACUCCCAUGUGCUACAUCAACCCAUCCCAGGACAGUCUGUUUAAACAGUGCAGGCAGAAACUAAAACUUGUGCUUUACACAUUCCCAGACACCAUCAGUAUCAACUCCAGUGGUGGCCCAGACGGUGUGAUGAAUGAACUGGAGAUGUAUAACUUCACAUGUGGCAUCAAUAAUAUAGCACCUGUUCAAAAUCUCACUGUAAAGUGGUACAAAGGAGAUGCAGUGGUCUAUACAGACACUUCUGACGAUCCCAGUAAGGUUCCAGUGGACAGAUCGUCUGUAUUCAGCUUUACACCGAGCAGAGAGGACGACGGAGUCACCAUCAGGUGCGAGGCACAUUUGGACCUGUGGCCAGACGGUCCACAACUUAAUGCAUCUUCACAAGAGUUUAAUGUCAGCGUUCACUUUGGACCAGAGCUAGAAUGUUUUUCUUCUGGAGAAGAAGUGCAUUUACUGGAAGGAGAAACACUGGAGAGAAUAUGUAAUGUGACAGGAAAUCCUGUAUCCACGGUGACGUGGCUGAAAGACGGACGUCCCACAGACCCGGCCGCCCCUCUGAGCAGGGAGAACGAAGGCCGGUACUCCAUUACAGCUGAAGGCAAAGUUUUCCCCGUCCAAAAGAUAUUCAGGGUUCGUGUAAUGUAUGGACCAGAGUUGAUGUGUCCAAGCAAUUACACUGCAGUGGAGGGCGCUCCUAACAACCUCACCUGCACCGUGGAGGGCUUUCCUAAACCUGUGACCACCUGGUUCAAAGAUGGAGACGAGGUGGAACUUCCAGAGAACCUCACCAGAAGUGACACGGGACAGUAUCUGAUCACAGCUUCAAGCCCUCUGUCAAGUGUCGACCUCACAGUGGACAUUAAUGUCAUGUACCCCCCCUCAGAGAUAGUUGAGCUUGAGGAUGCUGAAGUUGACGUUGGUUCCACUGUGUGGUUGAAGUGCUCCUCAACGGGCAACCCGCGACCAAAGUAUUUCUGGGAUUAUUACCGGACCGCCAAUGUGAUGGAGAUAAAUGAAGAUGGAGUGUCCCGUCUGCACAUCCACAACGCUACUGGAUACAACAUGGGCUCCUACACAUGUCACGCCGGGAAUGAGAGAGGAAAUGUGUCUACAACAGCCAGAGUGACGGUAAAAGGUGACAAAGGAGAAUGCCCCAUCGAAAUAACGCCAGGCAGGAUGGUAGUACGAUACCAAGGCAGUGACCAGCAUGCGACAUGCAAGCCAUCAUCCGCCGACUCCGUACAUGUGAAGGAAAUCUACUGGCAGGUUCUCGAGGGCGUUAUAACUAACAGCUCAAGUUGGUCUGCUGACACCAAUAAAGACUGGGACCCAAGGCCUGUUUGCACUGCGUCGUUUAACGUCAAAGGAACAUGCCAGAAACAUUUAGACUUCACCCUCUACAAAACACCAGACAGCGUCUCCAUCCGUCUUGCGAAUAACUUGAGCGCAGUGGUGGAGGACAGAGAGUUCCAGCUGCAGUGUGACAUCACCAACGUUGCUCCUGCAGGGAACCUCGUUGUGCAGUGGUACCUAGGGAAUGAAACCUUAUCAAAAGGCUCACUGCGAGUGUCAGACUGCCUGCCUGACAACGACACAAACUGUAACAUCAGUGUUGUCCGAUCCCCGCUGAACGUGUCGUCCACCAUCAGCAUCACUCUGAACAGAAACGACAACGCAGCAGAGUUCAGAUGUGGGGCUGAGUUGGAUCUUGGACCUGAGGGACCGCAGCCUCCUCCGACCAUGAUGUCCAGUCCUCUCAACUUCACCGUCUACUUUAAGCCCGUCAUUAAUACCACAAAGCUUCCGGACACGAUCCCAGUGUUCAGGGGUUAUCCUGAGGAACUUGUAUGCGAAGCUGACGGUCACCCACCUCCAGAGAUCAAGUGGCUCUACAGCUCAGACAAAGACCCCCACGAGUCUGGAGCCACACUCACCGUGUCUGAAGCCGGCGUCUACAGCUGCAGCGCCAUCAAUGAAGUGGAUUCCAUCUCCCAUGAGGUCAAAGUGAUUUUUAAAGAGGACUACCUUCCCCUCAUAGCUGGAUUUGUGGCCGUCACAGUAGUUGCCGUCUCCCUCGUCUUCCUCUUCAUCUACUCAAUCUACUACAAGAACACCAGGAUGCGCCGCUACAGUCUUAAAAAUGCCAAACUGGACACCCACAGUAGCAACGUAGCCCACAACGGCUGGGACAUGCAGUUUCCUAUGACCAAACUGUCUUACGUCUUUAUACUGUGUACAGGGAAGCCUGUGCAUUCUGUAGGCUGUCCAGUCGAGAUGAGCCCUCCAAGUGUUCUGGUGAGAUUUGGCGACCCCUUCUCUGUCAACUGCAGCUCACCAUCCGACCAGAGACAGUCCUUGGGCUGGGAGGCUAUGGUCGGUACAGGUACAGGACUAAAACAUGGGGUCUCUUCCAUUACUUUAAAAAUAGACUCCGUGAAGAACUGGAACAUCAAACCAAUCUGCUUCAUUAAUCUUCUUGAUGGGUUUCAGUGUAUGGAAACACUACCCGUCACCGUUUACAAAAUGCCGGACAGUAUUUCCAUCUCUCAGCCAAGUCAAAUGGGCCCCAUGGUAGAGGGCGAAAAGUAUCGCAUGCAGUGUGACAUUGUUAAUGUUGCACCCCUAAGAAACCUGUCUGUGCACUGGCACAGAGGAGAUAAGAUCAUCUAUACGCAGACAUUUGACGAGUCCAGUGAAUCUCCAGUCAACACGUCCUCUGUCUUCGAUCUGACCGCCCAAAUAGGCGAUAAUGGAACUGAGAUGUGGUGUGAAGCACAGCUGGACUUUUCACCACCUGUACCAAAUCUAUCAAUCCUAUCAGACUCACUUAAAGUGAUUGUACUGUACUCGCCAACCUUCACCAAGCCCGGAAAUGAGACGCUGGAAAUCUCAGCUGGUAAUGAAACCAUUUUAGAUUGCACUGCUACAGGAAACCCGACGCCAGUGUACAGCUGGAAUUUCCCACAUCUUAUCCAAAAGAUGAAGAAGAAUCAAAAUGGCAAUCAGCUCAUUUUGACCCCACCCUUUGGGUUUCCGGGGACCUACAACUGCACAGCGUCUAACACCCAGGGCAGCAACACCAAGUACUUCACUGUCAUCGAAGCUACAAGGAAUCGCACAACCUUUGCAGUCUUGGUUGGAGUAUUUGUGGUCCUGGGAGCCGUGCUCUUCAUUGGCGGUCUUCUUUUAUUGACACCUGAAGGAACAUUUUCUUUCAGCAAAGGCGGCUAUCUCAAAGGAAAGCCUGCCUGGAAGCCUGUGCAUUCUGUAGGCUGUCCAGUCGAGAUGAGCCCUCCAAGUGUUCUGGUGAGAUUUGGCGACCCCUUCUCUGUCAACUGCAGCUCACCAUCCGACCAGAGACAGUCCUUGGGCUGGGAGGCUAUGGUCGGUACAGAAAUGCCGGACAGUAUUUCCAUCUCUCAGCCAAGUCAAAUGGGCCCCAUGGUAGAGGGCGAAAAGUAUCGCAUGCAGUGUGACAUUGUUAAUGUUGCACCCCUAAGAAACCUGUCUGUGCACUGGCACAGAGGAGAUAAGAUCAUCUAUACGCAGACAUUUGACGAGUCCAGUGAAUCUCCAGUCAACACGUCCUCUGUCUUCGAUCUGACCGCCCAAAUAGGCGAUAAUGGAACUGAGAUGUGGUGUGAAGCACAGCUGGACUUUUCACCACCUGUACCAAAUCUAUCAAUCCUAUCAGACUCACUUAAAGUGAUUGUACUGUACUCGCCAACCUUCACCAAGCCCGGAAAUGAGACGCUGGAAAUCUCAGCUGGUAAUGAAACCAUUUUAGAUUGCACUGCUACAGGAAACCCGACGCCAGUGUACAGCUGGAAUUUCCCACAUCUUAUCCAAAAGGUGAAGAAGAAUCAAAAUGGCAAUCAGCUCAUUUUGACCCCACCCUUUGGGUUUCCGGGGACCUACAACUGCACAGCGUCUAACACCCAGGGCAGCAACACCAAGUACUUCACUGUCAUCGAAGCUACAAGGAAUCGCACAACCUUUGCAGUCUUGUGUCAGGUGAAGGUUGCUCCCUCGUCCUCAAGCCCUCCAGGGUCGUGGUGGGCUUUGGGGAGCCGGUUGUCAGUCCGCUGUGAGGCCACUCGCCCGGUACGUGUCCUGGGCUGGGAGUCGGUCAUCAGUGCUGCACACACUCAACAGGACCUGUCUGUCCAGUGGAAGGUCGACAGCCUCAUUGACUGGAUAGAGGAGCCUAUCUGUUAUGGUGUGUUUUUCACAGCUCCCAGACAGUGUGAGGAGAAACUCAACCUCGUCCUCUACAAAACCCCAGAUAGCGUCUCCAUCAGGCCUGUGAACCACUCUGGCUCCAUGGUGGAAGGGAAAGAGUACCAGCUGCUCUGCGAGGUUCAGAAUAUCGCUCCUGUUCAGUACCUCACCCUGAGGUGGUACAAGGGGCAGACUGAGGUGUACAACCACUCCUUCUCCGAACUCACAUCUUCCUCGCCUGUCCAAGUGUCCUCUAUCCUCAUGGUCACACCAACCAAAGCUGAGAAUGGAGCGCAGUACAGGUGCGUAGCAGAGCUGGAGCUCGGACCAGAGGGACCACAACCACCUCCUACUGUGACCUCGGAGCCUCUUAAUGCCUCUGUGUACUUUCCACCAACGUUCCUCAGUCCAGAACCAGAGGUUUUGGACCUUAUCGUGGGUGCUGAAAUGACCUUGAACUGCAGUGCCACAGGAAACCCCACACCGGUGUACAGCUGGCAAUCCUCCAAUCCCAUUCAGGAGGGGAUGGAGGAUGAAGCAGGUCUUACCUCCUCCUCACUGCUGCCAGGGACCUACACCUGCACUGCCUCCAAUACGCUGGAGAAGAAGAGCAAGCAGUUCAUUGUCAAGGCCAAGACCAAAGGUGUUUGAAACUAGAGAUCUUGAGAUGGGAUCCACAUUGGACAUACAAGGAGAAUCCAACCAUGGGGAUUUUACUGCUGCUGUUUGGAGAUGGAAAUUACAUUCAUGACUCGACAGAUAUUUAUGAGGAUCUUGCUAUCAGGCAGAAUUAGAUCUCAUUUAUAAAAAUUGUUUUGAAUAUACUAUGUUUGGUAACUGUCGUUUAAUUUGUCAGUAUUUUAACAUGAAUGUAUUCUGUGAGAUAGAUCGGUGGUUUUAGGACAUAGUUCACUUUUUAUGCUUUCCAUGUGAUACCCUGUCUCUAAUUUAUAUUUUUGCUGACUUAUUUUCGUAUUAAUGAAAUGAUCUUGUAACAUUACCAAUGUGUAGCUACUCUUGAUAUAGCAAUGAUGACCACAUUAUUAUUAAUGUAUGCUGGAAAUUUAAUACCGAAUGUUAAAGAUCAGCAGUCUAUUACUGUAAAUAAGAACGGUUUCUUAAUUUUCUUAUCUUUAUGAAUAAAAGUCAAAUGAAAAAACGUUAUUUUUCACUUAU